AUGCGCUUAUUCAACUCUAUUACUUUGGUGAUGUAUGAAGCAGAAGUGUUGCAAGCUUUAGCUGAAGACAACAGUGGCGAUGUUAUUGUCAAGGUGUGUCGUGUGUAUUUGGAAAAAGAUGCAUUUGAGGAUUGCAUCAUAAAAACCGCUAAAGCUCGUAUUUCCUAUACACCCCCAGAAGAAAACGUGACACUGCACCAUGUUUUGAGCAUUAUGCAGGCAAACGGCUGCGCGGGUCCCAUUGCAUGCAUCAAUGAAACCAGUUGGGACAUUCGUCCUUUUCAGUCCAAUCCGCUCUCGACCCCCCCUACUCAGUGGAUCUUUGCUACACCACCACUCAAUUCAGCUGCGGCUCGAUUGGAAUUCCAGAACACAGGGCUGGACAACAUCUUUGCUUGUGCCAAGAGUGAUGUUAUUUACCUAUCUUUGACUUUGUCGCCGCUUCAGGAAAAAUCAGAUUCAACUUGUCACACCCCGCGAGGUGGCCAGAAACCUUUAGCAGAUGCUACUGGGACCCCGCAUACUCCACAGAAGUCCCUUAGACUGCCUGGGGCGUUGACUAGUCCGGACAGGCUUCCGUCACCGCGCAGUCUCAAUGAGGAUUUCAGUGAAGCAAGCGACGCUGUGAAGAAGUGCGAGGAAUUCUCUCUCUCCGCGCAGCUACGUCAGUGGCAACGGCUACAGCAGCGCUUUCAGCCGGAGAUUGACGGUCUGCCGCCGCACGCUGUCCUAAAGGUUAUACAACGCGAGCUUGCCCUCUGGUCAGGACAGAAGGUAGAGCAAUGGAAUGGAUUGUGGAUGCUGAGCCUCUUGGAACUUGAAUGUGAAACGGCUAUCGAUACAGCUGUUUAUGGAGUUGCAACAUCUCAAUCGGGUGUCAUUGACGAACAAUGUGUGGUCGCAGCCUCUGAAGCUCCUUUGUGUCGUUGUCUAUUCGUAGCCCGGCAGGUUACACGUGUUGUGGAUCGAUUGCUUCGCGCGGCAUUCCGCCAAAAGUACCGCAAUAAGCUAGGUGCUCUACCAUUCUCACUACUUACCGUCCUACUUCACGUGUUGCGGUUGCGGGCUGUCCGCCACCUCAGUUUUGCAACAGCAGCCCUGGAAAGGCUACACGACGCACCAGAAUCAAGUCUUCCCCGCCAAGAGCGUCUAGAGCAGGAGACCCUUCGAAGUGGUGAGGUUGUUGCUGCAGUGCUGUGCCGUCUUAACCCCUCAUCCCUUGAAUGGUUGCCCCUAGCUCCAACACUCCUCCUGGGGGGUCUGUGUAUCGUGGAGGUUGCCGCGCGCUGUUCUGCUGCCUUGAAUUAUGUCACGCGUUGCCAUCUGGUGGGGCUUGCUUUGGUGCUUUUCAAGGUGUGGCAAGGUAUCACACAGGAUCCUCGUACAGCGCCACACUGUGUACUCGACGUCUUCAACAAAAUACGUGCAGAGGUCCUCGUUAAAGAAGGUGAUGGGGAGAAGGUUGCCGCAAUGGAUGAGAUCCUGAACCACGUGCAGCAACGGUAUUUGGUUGUGGAGUCGGAGCGUGUUGCCUUUGAUCCAGCGGAUCUGGCGGAUUACCCACCUUAUAUAGGCUAUGUGGGUCGUUGGCUAUGGAGCAUGGCAGCAGUUGAUCAGACAUAUCAACAUGGCCAACUACAGUAUCAACUCUUGCGCAGCUCUACCAAGUCUUAA